AUUGAACCAUCACUUUGGCACUAUUAAGAAUAUAUAGGACAAAACGCAUAUAAAUUCUUGAAAAAGACGAAAAAACAACCAACGUCUACGUCAAUCUUGAGAUAAUAAACAACAACAAAAUGACUUGAUAACUCCAGAAACCCCAUAUAAGCGUAGAUAAGUAGCGUAUAUAAAUACAAAUGGGUUAACGCUUUCAUUUAAACACAGGAUCCGCAAGUUUUUUGAAGAACUAACAACGAUGAACAUACCAAGAUUGUUUUCAAUGACGAUACUUUGUGCAUUUUGCAUUGGAUUAACGAUAUGUGCUGUGAGGCGACGUAAGAAAAUAUGCGACGGUGCGCGGGACAAAAAGGCUCCAUUAGAACUUGCCCCCAAGUCGAGCGGUCCAGAGGCUUCUGAAGUGAAGGACGAAUACAUUGUUAUGUUGAAUCCAUCCAUUUCUGCUGCCGUAUCAAGAUCUAAGGUGACAUCUUUUGGUGAAACUGUGAGCAUUGCAGCUAAAGACGAGGUUCUUGCGCACGCGCUUUCAGGAUCUAUUGACCCUCUACCAAAUAGGCGGGUUGAUGACUUGGUCAGUUUGGAAAUAAACGACACAUACGCCCUCAACUCAUUCGUUGUGAACACAGAUUCCAAGACAAUUGAUGACCUUCGUUGCGAUCCAAACGUUUUGAUAAUUGAAUCAGACCAAGUUGUCUCCAAGACCCGAAGGAGAAGACCGCGACGUACGACAACGACUAUCAAACCAACUACACAACCUGCCAGUAACCUAGAUUGUCCCGUAAACUGCGUUCGUUAUGACGUCACUAACGUAUGGGGCCUCGAUAGAGUAGACCAGUUGACCAAAAACAGAGAUGGUUACAUGACAAUAAAGGAGCCAAAGGAAGGAGUCGACAUUUACGUGUUGGAUACGGGCAUUGAUCGUAACCAUCCUGAAUUCGAAGGACGGGCAUAUCACGGUACUACCACUGUGUAUGCGCCAGGCAGUGACUCCCACGAUGUUGAUGGUCACGGGACUCACGUCGCAGCGACUGUGGCUGGUAAAACUUACGGCAUCGCUAAGAAAGCACGUAUUUUUGCCGUUAAGGUACUCGGGGAUAAUGGUGGUGGGACUACAUCAUCCAUCCUCCGUGGUCUACAAUGGGUUAGGCAGCAAACGAAACGCAGUUCGAGGCGGUCGGUAAUAAAUAUGUCCCUUGGUGGACGUGGAAGUAAAACAGAAGACGCGUGGGUUAAUGCCUUGGCAUCUGAGAAUGUCCCGGUGGUUGUUGCAGCAGGGAACUCUCACAGACCUGCCAGUUACUAUUCACCUAGCAGGGCGACAGGCGUAUUUACUGUGGCUGCUUCUGAUUGGACGGAUAAUUUAUGCUCAUUCUCCAAUUAUGGCAAGAGUGUAGAUAUCAUAGCCCCAGGCGAGCAGAUUCUUAGUGCAAUACCUGGUAAUCGGGCUGUUGCCCUGAGUGGAACCUCAAUGGCUAGUCCACACGUGGCGGGAAUUGUAGCUGACUACCUCAGUCACUAUCCAGAUAAGUCAACCGCCCAAGUCAAAUCCUGGCUUCAAGAAAACUCCAUCAAAAGUGCCGUUUACCUUACUAAAACCGAGAAUCGAUAUACGGUUAACUACCUCGCGAAGGCUCUAGCUUGCGAUGGUUAGUGUCCAAGCCUUGACACUUUGUUGGAUGACAAUCAGAAUGUUCCAAAUGAUGGUAACCAGCCAGAUCCUGCUAAUGGAUGCAAAACGAGUGUGGACAAUGAAUGGGGGAUGAACAAUGGGAAGGGCCUUUCCGAAUGAUUGUAAGGCCGUUCAGAAAGAUUUACCAAUGAUAAUGCCCUGUAAAUACCCAAGCAUAUAUGAUGUGAUGGCUUAUGAUCAAAACUUACGCGACGCAGCUAUUCAAUAUUUAUAGACUAAUGACUUAGCUUAUGAUGGAGUUUUUGAAAAAAUAAGAUGAAAUUGCCAUGUUGACAAACGUCCACUCUCUAUAUAUCUAUAAAUAUACACGGUGUGCCAAAAAACGUCAACAUUUGCCUCCUGUAUUUGUAUAAAAGGUUAAAACAUGCGAGACUCCAUAUUUCGGAUGAUAAUAUUAGGUAUUUUUGAAAAUCAAAC